AUGCAUUUCUCUAUCAUCAUUCCGGCCCUUCUCUCCUCCUCGGCCCUUGGGCUCGCCGUACCCCAGGCCGAGGAUUCAAAGCUCAUAGAACGUUUCGGCGGCCCUGGGGCCUCUCUGGAGGAGGGUUUCACCACCUCUGAGGAUACUACUUCAGGCGGAUCCUACCGGGUUCAAAUGGACGACGAUGAAGUCGCAAAUCAUACCAAGGUUGACAUGAACCUUGAGUCGAUAGGCGUAGGCGACGACACUUCGUCGGCGUUCUGGCGAGUGACCUGUGAGGGCUCCUCACUUAAUGAAACUGAUGCCGACAUCGCGAUCAACCUGUUGAUUACCGGGUGCGGAAGUGGCCACUUCGAUGUACCGCCAUACGAUCACUACUACAUUAUCUCCGGGAAGGUGGCCAGUUACUUUUGCAACAACAGCUCUGGACAGCCCACUUGCAACGCAACGGUUAUUCGCGAGCAGAUCCGGGACCGUGUGAGUGGCCGAUGUGGCGAUUACAAGGCAGGUUGGGCACGCUGGGACGGUUCCAAUGGUCACGUCAGCGUGGGUUACCAGAACGUUGAUAGCGAAAACUUUUUCUGCGGCCGGAAUCACUAA